AUGUUGACCGAUUACUACCGUAACAAUAUGCAGCAAAUGGAUCACAAUUCCUCUCUGAAUAGACACACAGAUAAUAGCUACGGACAUGGCUCCUAUGGAUCCUUCUCCAGCGAUAACCGAGUACCCGUUGACCGCCCACUCUUUAUCAACACCUCAAUGUCCGCCCAACAACGAGUGGACAUCUACCGCCAACUCUCGGACCCACCAAAGGACAGCGAACCAGCCUUGGCGUUCAACUACCGCCACUAUUAA